AUCUACAGGGUUUCCAUUAUUUGUGGAUGUGUAGUGUACCAGAAGCUACGUUUGGGCCAAAGAAGCGUGCAUGCGCAUUGCGCAGUAAGAUGCUCGUGUGCUGUCUGUUGGGUACUGUGCGCUCGGAAGUGCAGAAAGAUUUUUCGCCGGAAUGCCGGGAGUUUCUGUUUACAGGCAAAGCCCCACGGGGGCUGGAGAACCGGUCACUUAAGAAGAUCUGUCAGCGUUAUAACGGUAAAGCGCGGUAUGUCACUCUGUAUGAUGUAGUGGACCACAUCCCCGUGUAUUCUGCGUACACUUUCAAGCGCUCCGAUGGCUCCAAAAAGGUUGAUAUUCCUUGGAUGUUCGAGCCUCAGCUUUCCACAUCCUCGGACUCUGGUGAGAUGCAGCCAUUUCCUCCGAAUUUUCUCCACAACAGCUUUUCAGACGCCCAGGCUGUCCUGGACGACUACUCAAACAUCGUCGAUUUCGAACGAGGGCACUUAAACCCAGACGAGCACCAGGCUCACCCCGACGACAAGGCGGCCACAUACACCCUUACCAAUGUGGUCCCUCAGGUCCGCGAGUUCAACAUCGGCCACUGGAAACGCCACGAGCACGUCAUCCGCCGUCGCCUCAACAACUACUGCCGUGGUACGGCGUAUAUAGUCACAGGGGUCACCACCUCUGGCAGGAUGAUACGUAGGCACAACAUCAACCGGGUGGCCAUCCCUACCUACUUGUGGUCAGCGUACUGCUGCGUAGAUUUCGACCGCAAUGCCCCGUUCGAAGAACGAUCCAAAUUCCCAGCAUUCGCGGCCCACGGGCUCAACGAGAAAGAAGGAUCAGAGGUCAUGGAGAUAUCUGUCAAACAGCUGGAAGAUUUUUUGAAGAAGAAUACAUUUGUAGAUAAGAGUUUUCAGAUAUUCUUUGAGGACUGUGAGCCGAAUGAUGCCAUAUUACAAAGAUAGGCUCACAAUAAAUUAAUAAUGAAUGAAAUAUUUCACUUUUUUGAUGUUGCCUUUUAUUCUUUUGCUCGCUAAACACAUGUAACACGUGUUCAUUACUUUCAAGUCUUUCAAUUGAUAACAAGUGUCAGAAAAUUAUUACUCAAUAAUGAAUAUUCUGCAAUAUAUAAGGGUUUUAAAUACAAAUAACAUUUUUUGGUAGAAUGUUUUGUGCCUGCAUUUUACUUAACUCUGUAUGAAACAAAAAAUAAGCAAAACAUUUUAAUGAAACUGUUUGCCUGUCACACUAUUUUUCAUUCACUAAAAUCUUUUUAAAACUAAAACCAUUUCUUUUAGCCUUGACUGGCUCAGUGAAGAUUUAGAAAAUGUAUCUUCCAAUUAAGAAUAUUUAUCCACAAGAGGACUGAAUAGAGCGAUGAAAUGAGAGAUUUAAUGACUGAAGUCAUCUGGGGCCUCAGGGGUUUUACUAGGUCCAUUAACUUCUUUAUGAAACAGCAAUGACUAAUCUUUUCUCGCACAGUGAGCAUGUU